AUUUCUAAUAAAACAGUGAGAUGGGAGAUGGCAUCGAUCAAGUGACUACUCAGCCCAAGUAUCAUAUCAACUUUAGCUGUGAUAUUCUAUUUCUCGUUACUUCCUUGUUGUAUCAAUCUCCUGCCAGGCCGGACGCGACGGCGUACUCCGCCGACGCGGAGACCCCGCGAUGCCCGGAAAAGCGGGGAAAGUAUUCUAACGAAAACUCCGACCUCCGACUGAUGACAGGCUCCGUGCACGGAACUCGGUCCCUUUAUAUCGCUCCCUUUUGGAGGACCGAUGAGUACUGAGAGACCAACGUGACCGAUACUUUCUCUACUUGUUGUAUCCGCGACCGUUUCCUUACCCAACAUGGCAAAGGAUAAGAAGUCCAAAGCUCCAAAGGGCAGGAGCGUCGAAGCCGUUGCACCCAUUGCGCCACCAUCAUGGCCACCGUUCAAGCCGUCCCUCCCCGUCUCCGACCUCCAUGCCGAGACGCUUGUGGAAUCCAAGAUCGUGGUGUUUCGGAAUUUCUGGCCACGGAAUCUAUGCAGGGACUACGUCUCCUUCCUCAAGACCCUCCCGCUAGUAACCACCCCGGGCAAACCGAAGCGCGGAGAGGCCGUCAGGGUGAACGACAGAUUCCAGAUCGACGAUCCCAGUUUCGCCCAGCGGCUGUGGCUCGAGACGGGGUUGAAGGACGCGAUACUAGACAGUUCCGUAUCUAGCCUAUGGGGAGGAGACGUAGUUGGCUUAAACCCGAAUAUAAGGGUAUACCGAUACUCCAAGGGCCAAUAUUUUGACUGUCACUACGACGACUCCAACAACCUAACCCUCUCCCCAACAACCGACGCCCCCCCGCCGCAACAGCAGCAGCAGCCUUCCUCCCUCGCAGCAAAAACGACCUGGACGCUCCUCCUCUACCUCACCUCCGCCUCCGACGGCUGCCUCGGCGGCGACACCGUCUUCUACCGCCGCGACCGGCCCCUGGCCUCCGAGGCCGUCGCCGUGAGCCCCGAGACGGGCAUGCUGCUGCUCCACAAGCACGGCGACGACUGCAUGCUGCACGAGGGAAGGGAAGUCACCGCCGGGGAGAAGUGGGUAUUGAGGACAGAUCUCUGUGUCCGGAGAUAGGUCGACGUUCUGCGGGCUGCUCUUUCGGAGGGAACAUCAGACACAUAUCACGCGUGUCCCGCGUAUGAAUACCGCGCAAUUCUUUUCCUUCUUCUUCAAGACUCGCGAGCAUGUCUUCGGCGCCUGUGCAAUAGCUCGUCUAUCAGGCAGGAAUCCAGCUAUCUGGGUUUCAACCAGGCAAUCCCAUUGAUGUGCUCGUCCGUGUAUUGAUUUAUUAUGUCUGUGGGAUGAAGACCCUCCCGGCCAAGCAUUCAGGAAGCCCGAGUCCUUUCUCUCCAUGGGUAUCAACCGACCCCAAAUCCCAG